AUGUCUUCCAAGCGACCAGCCUCUCCGUAUGGGGAAGCAGAUGGAGAGGUAGCCAUGGUGACAAGCAGACAGAAAGUGGGAGAAGAGGAGAGUGACGGGCUCCCAGCCUUUCACCUUCCCUUGCAUGUGAGUUUUCCCAACAAGCCUCACUCUGAGGAAUUUCAGCCAGUUUCUCUGCUGACGCAAGAGAACUGUGGCCAUAGGACUCCCACUUCUCAGCACAACACAAUGGAAGUUGAUGGCAAUAAAGUGAUGUCUUCAUUUGCCCCGCACAACUCAUCUACCUCACCCUUGAAGGCAGAAGAAGGUGGGCGUCAGAGUGGAGAAUCAUUGUCCAGCACAGCCCUGGGAACCCCUGAAAGGCGCAAAGGGAGCCUAGCGGAUGUUGUAGACACCCUUAAGCAAAGAAAAAUGGAAGAGCUCAUAAAAAAUGAGCCAGAAGAAACUCCCAGUAUUGAAAAGCUACUAUCAAAGGACUGGAAAGACAAGCUUCUUGCCAUGGGAUCAGGGAACUUUGGAGAAAUAAAAGGGACUCCAGAAAGCCUCGCUGAGAAAGAAAGGCAGCUCAUGGGUAUGAUCAAUCAGCUGACCAGUUUGCGAGAACAGCUGCUAGCAGCUCACGAUGAACAGAAGAAACUGGCUGCAUCACAGAUCGAGAAGCAACGCCAACAAAUGGAGCUGGCUAAGCAGCAGCAAGAACAGAUUGCAAGACAACAGCAGCAGCUCCUGCAGCAGCAACACAAAAUUAACCUUCUUCAGCAACAGAUCCAGCAGGUCCAGGGUCAGCUGCCUCCAUUAAUGAUUCCUGUAUUCCCUCCAGACCAACGAACCCUAGCAGCAGCCGCACAGCAAGGAUUCCUUCUUCCUCCUGGUUUCAGCUACAAAGCGGGAUGCAGUGACCCUUACCCCGUUCAGCUGAUCCCAACUACCAUGGCAGCUGCUGCCGCAGCAACACCAGGCUUAGGCCCACUCCAACUGCAGCAGUUGUAUGCUGCCCAACUUGCUGCGAUGCAAGUGUCUCCAGGAGGCAAGAUACCUGGCAUACCCCAGGGUAACCUUGGUGCUGCUGUAUCCCCUACCAGCAUCCACACAGACAAGAGCACAAACAGCCCUCCACCCAAAAGCAAGGAUGAAGUGGCCCAGCCUCUGAACCUUUCAGCCAAACCCAAGACAUCUGAUGGCAAGUCUCCCACAUCACCCACCUCUCCUCAUAUGCCAACUCUGAGAAUAAAUAGUGGGGCCAGUUCACUAAAAUCCUCCGUGCCAGCAACAUUAGGUAGUCCUUCGGCCAGAGCUAACACAAUAGGUUAUUUAAAUGACCACGAUGCUGUUACUAAGGCAAUCCAGGAGGCCCGGCAGAUGAAGGAGCAACUUCGGAGGGAACAACAGGUGCUGGAUGGGAAGGUGGCUGUUGUGAAUAGCCUGGGUCUCAAUAACUGCAGGACAGAGAAGGACAAAACAACACUGGAGACCCUGACUCAGCAACUGGCAGUAAAACAGAGUGAAGACGGGAAGUUUAGCCACGCAAUGAUGGAUUUCAACAUGAGUGGAGAUUCUGACGGAAGUGCAGGAGUUUCAGAGUCUAGAAUUUAUCGGGAAUCCAGAGGGCGUGGUAGCAAUGAGCCCCAUAUCAAGCGCCCAAUGAAUGCAUUCAUGGUGUGGGCUAAAGAUGAACGGAGGAAGAUCCUUCAAGCCUUCCCUGACAUGCACAACUCCAAUAUCAGCAAGAUAUUAGGAUCUCGCUGGAAAGCUAUGACAAACCUAGAGAAGCAGCCAUACUAUGAGGAACAGGCACGACUCAGCAAGCAGCACCUGGAGAAAUACCCAGACUACAAAUACAAGCCAAGGCCGAAGCGUACCUGCCUUGUAGAUGGCAAAAAAUUGCGCAUUGGCGAGUACAAGGCUAUCAUGCGCAACAGACGCCAGGAGAUGAGGCAGUAUUUUAAUGUUGGGCAACAAGCACAGAUUCCCAUUGCCACUGCUGGCGUUGUUUACCCAGGAGCCAUUGCCAUGGCAGGAAUGCCUUCCCCACACCUGCCCUCCGAGCACUCGAGCGUGUCCAGCAGCCCAGAGCCUGGGAUGCCCGUCAUCCAGAGCACUUACGGCAUCAAAGGUGAGGAGCCUCAUAUCAAGGAAGAGAUGCAGACCGAUGACGUCAAUGGAGAAAUCUAUGAUGAAUACGACGAGGAAGAGGAUGACCCUGAUGCGGACUAUGGCAGUGACAGUGAAAAUCACAUUGCGGGGCAAGCCAACUGAUCAGGGUCCAAGUAUCUCGUGACCUACAGGACUUCAAGGAGAAAAGAAAAAAUAAAUAAAGCCCCAUCUGGUUUAUCCUUGCCAGUGGCCAAGCACAUUAACUUUCUCAUACACUGACUGUUACUUUAACUGUUAGUCUUAACUAGUUGGGACAUCAGCUGACUAAUAGACAUCAGCCUGCAUCAGAAGAAAAAAGGCUCAGAAGAAAGGAAACAAAGACAACGACGACAACAACAACAGAAUGAUAUAAGCUAUGGGUAAAAUAAUGCCAGUAAUUCAGCUGCUAUACCCAAGCACUGAAGUCUUACCCGUCGACCUUUUAUUAUUAUUAUUUUUUUUUCAAAUAAACUUUAUGGCUGUUUGUUCUACAAUGUUCUAGA